UCCGAGGUGCGGGGUCGCCAUUGGCUGGCCGUCAGAGGGCUAAGGAACCCGGAUGUUUCCGAGAAGGUCCCGCUUCUCGGCGGGAUGGCGGAUAACGUGGCCCCGGACCCUCAGGCGACUCCCGCGGGACAGGAAGGAGUCCAAUUCUUCCUCCAAGCAGUAAAUUCACUGUUCUCAGACUAUGGCUGGUAUAUCCUCUUCGCUCUUAUUGCCGUUUAUCUGCUCAUACAAAAACUCUCAAAAAAUCUUCAAGGCACUAAAGGAUCCAGUGCGCCUAUAACAGCUAUAGAACCAGACGAUGUGGUUAAACAACAAGAAGCUUAUCUAGCUGCCCGAAUGAAGAUGCAGGAACAAUUGAAUAUCCAAGCAGAGAAGUUCAAGGAAAAACAGAGAAUGCUGGAAGAGGAGAAGAGAAAGCAAAAGAUAGCCAUGUGGGAAAGCAUGCAGGAAGGAAAAAGCUACAAGGCGACUCUCCAACACAACCAGGAACCGACGCCUGAAGCCUCCACAUCGACAACUGUUGUAAAGCCAAAACCCAACAGAAAGCCCUUACGAGGGGAGGGUUAUAACCCCUUGUCUGGAGAAGGUGGUGGGACUUGUUCGUGGAGACCAGGACGCAGAGGCCCUUCCUCGGGUGGAUGAGGCUAAUUCUCCCGGUGUCUACCUUUGACACCGGAGGGCAUUAACUCUACCUCGCAACCAGUGGCUGUCUGUGGGUUGCUUUGCUGUAGGGAGUUUGGAGAGAAAGGGCAAGAAAGAAGAUCGGUGAUUUAUUAUUUUUUUUUAGGUGCCAUCCCCGUCUGUGAAUUUUAGAGUUUGUCUGGAGUUUUUGUUCUCAUCAAGUCGCAGAAACCGAUGCAAAACAAAGUUCACUGCUUGUUCUCUGUAGCAACCCACUUUGGAUGACGUGGCUCUUCUAAAUGGUGACCACACCACGAGGGCAACUGAGAUUAGCAACCACUGAGCGGGGCAGUUCUUGCCUUACUCUUUUUUUUUCCUUUUUUUUCCUUUCCAUUUGGUAUAACAAAGAUACUGUACAUAGCAUUUGCAAGAGAUCUGUUUCUUUGGCUUUUUUUUUUCUAUAGAGACAACUAUGUGCUCUAGUUUAAUAAACACGUCUUAAGGCUGCAGUCCUGUAUGCGUUUAAAUGGAACCAAACCCUGCUUGAACCUGGAUAGGAGGCUGAUUGGGUGUGCAUGGGAUUCUAUUCUAAACCAGGUUAAAUUAUUUAUCUAAUCGAUUUAUAAACAACCUGAGGCACCAUAGUAACACACUAGGUGAUGUAUAUAGGUGAAGGGUGAAAUGCUCCCGGAUUGGACCGGAUCGCUCAAUCCGGUAGCAAUGGCAGCGGGUGGUUCGGAGAACCAGUAGCAAAAAUCCGUCCCUGAUUCCCUCCCCACCUGCCCAGCUGAGUCGCACGAUCAUCAGAGGUUGUUUUUUUUUAAAAAAAAAACUUUUAAAAGCGUUUUUGCUUCGGCCGAAAAAAUGCUUUUAAAAGUUAAAAAAAAAGCCUCUGAUGAUCGCGCGGCUCAGCUGGGAUCAUCAGAACCCUUUAAAAGCAUUUUUUUACAAUCUCUUCGGCCGAAGAGGUUGUAGAAAAAUGCUUUUAAAAAUUAAAAAAAAAAUGGUCACGCCCAUCCAGUCACUUUACCCCCCCCCCCACCAAGCCACGCCCACAGAACUGGUAGUAAUAAAUUUUACAUUUCAUCCCUGAUAUAGGUAGUCCUAAACUUACGGCCAUUUGUUUAAUGCAGUGGUUCCCAACCUGUUUUUGGCUAUGCCCCACCUAAGCAUCUCUAAAAUCCUAAUGGCCCCCCCAGUGACAUAUAAUUCUUACUAUUCAGAAAGUGAACUCCUAUUCAUGCGGAGGAAACCUAAAAGGCCAUUAACUUGGUUUGAACAAGGUUCCAAUUGCCCCCAUUAAAAAUCAAAUUGCCCCCCGUUGGGUGUGGACCCCACAGGUUUAAUGCCUGUUCAAAGUUACAACACCGAAGUGACUUAUGACCAGUCCUUACCCUUGUGACCAUUGCAACAUCUUUUCAAUCAUUAUGUGAAAAGGGCAUUUUUGUUGUUGUUGUUGUUAAGUGUAAGUCUAUUUACAGGUUAGACCAGACUCAAAUAGAAUAGGAUUGGAAAGUAAGGUCAUCCUAGCAAAACGCUGGUAACAUUUUUACAUCCCAUUUCUACACCACGGCUUGCAAAGUAAAUGCUUUCCAAUUCCAUCUGAGUCAUUCGUUGCGAGGAGCGUUUAAACGCAUUUUAAGAGGGAAACUGUUUCGGGUAUCAAAGAGCUGAGCUGAUUUCAAUAGGUCUUACAAACUUUAUUUAAUUGUUUAUACAAUUCACGUUUAGUUAUUGUACGUAUCUGACUGAAUGACUAGCCAGAUAUUUGUGGUUAGAUAAUCUGAGAUAACACUCUUUUCUUUCCAAAAUGGUAAAUAUGUUUAUCAAGUGAUACAUUCCUGGAUUUGGUUUAAUCAAUUUUUGUUUAAACAAAACGAAACAAAACACCUCGUGUAUAAAGAAAUGGCCAUUUUCCAGAAGGUUGCUUAUCUAACAUAUACUUAAGGAUUUCUUGACUUUGGCACCCUAUAUUUUAUGGUCCUGAUUCUGUCAGUAUCGUGAAACACCGGGCAAAGGUCCGUAUGCCAGAUUAAUAGUUUAGUUUCUUCACAAAAGCUUUUUGUAUGUUUCAUUUGUCUAUAGGACCACGUCUUUUUUCUUUGCGUGAUCUUAGUGGCUGAUAAUCUUAUCCAAACUAGGUCAGGAAAGGUGUAUUCCUCUGGCACAAGAAAGCCUAAAGCUAUUGAUGGUUACCACUCCUUACCAAGUUUGUUUUUCAUGCAUUUGAUCUGUGUGUUUGUCAGUUGUAGCAAUCCGUUUUAUUUAUACCCCAGCUUACACAUCCACCCUAAAUCACCCUUUGGCCCAAGAGUUCCUUCCAGGAUGAGUAAUAACAGUAUCUUAAGAUGCUGGAUUGGAGAAGAUUGUGCUAAACAAUGGAUGAUCACAUAAGUUACAAUGACUGUGUUCGUAUAAAUCAAAAGAAAGCAUACUUUGGAAUAAGAUACGAACUUAGCUCUGAGGAAUUUAAAGCUACUUAAUGUUCAUAAAAGCUUUUGGUCUCAUCUGGGUAUACUCAGUUUAAAUACUGAAGAAUUAAAAGAAUUAAAAGUUGGAAUGAGUUGGACGUGAUUCAACCAUUAAGGAAGCUAUUCUGAAAAAUUGCAAGUUGCGAAUUGCUUCCUGUUGUUGGUAGCUAAGACUGAAAGAUGGCAAAAGUUGGCUAGUUCACUGUUGGUUGACAAAGAAGUAAUCUUGGAAGCAUCUGGUAGAACAAAAAAACCCUUUAAGUUUGAUCCGAGCUUCAUCCAUAGGGCUUUAACUCCCUGUUGUGCUGCUUAUAAUGCACACAAAAAUGCAAGAUUUGGCUGCGUUCUCUAAUGGAAUUAUUAUGCGAUUGACAGGUGAACAACGUAGGAUAGUUGGAUACAUUUUAGGCCUUGGAUUGUACUCAAAACUGUAUUUACUGAAGUCUUCAAUCCUUCAAGGUGCAUAAAAUGUGUGCCAAGGUACAAAUAGCCAGAGAGAUUUUUCCUUUCAGAUGCCGAGAAGAUCAAUUAUUCCUCCGUUUGAAAUUAAAAUGGAAAAACUUAAGUUAUCCUGUAGAUGAAUCCAGAGACUACACCAUGAACAAGAUCAGAAGGAAUCAGCCCUGCUCUAAUUCUAGUAAAACAUAGAACAUAGAAUAACAGAGUUGGACGGGACCUUGUAGGUGUUCUAGUCCAACCCUCCUGAUCAAGCAGGGGACCUUAUACCAUUCCAGACAAAGGACUGUCCAGUCUCUUCUUGAAAGCCUCCAGUGAUGAAUCACCCACAACCUCUGAAGGCAAUCCAUUCCACUGGUAGAUUGUUCUUACCGUUAGGAAUUUUUUUCUUAGUUUUAGGUUGUUUCUCUCCUUGAUUAGUUUCCACCCAUUGUUUCUUGUCCUUCCUCCUGGUGCUUUGGAAAGCCUUUGUGACAGCCCCUCAAAUAUUGGAACACCACUAUCAUGUCACCCUAGUCCUUCUCUUCACUAGACUACCCUAGACAAAGUGGCAAUUAACAAUGUUAUAUCUACAGAAAAUGUAGGAGAUAAUGUGUAUGGAAUAAGUAAUAUAGUUUCAAACUAUAAUAUUGGAGUCCAAUUAUAGUGACUACUGUAUAUUGUUAGAAUGACUCUGGCAGCUAAAAAAAAAAAGACAGAAAUAAGAAUCAAUUGACGGUAAGGACAUAAAACACUACAUACAAAGUAGUGAAUAAAUGGACAGCUGUAUUUGCAAUGCUUCCAAACUUGAAAAUAUCUAAGACACUGGUCAACAACCCGUGGCUCUAGAGCCACAUGUGGCUCUUUCAUCCCUCUGCUGCGGCUCCCUGUUGCC